UGUAGUAGUUCUUGGUGGGGGCACGCGAGGAAGCGCCUCUUUGCCCCGCUUCCCUUCGGGUCCGCCGUAGGCCGCGCGCAUCCCCGGCCUCUAUUAGGAGCUGCUGCCCCGUGAGGAAGCGCGGUAUCUUUUGUAGAGUCUCUUGUUCGGGCCAGAAGUUGAUGGCCUCCAGUUCCUGGAGUUAGAAACAGCUACACCUAAGAUGGCCAAUCACUUGAAAUUUGUCGCUCGUACAGUGAUGGUGCCCAAUGGCAAUGUGGAGGCUGCCUAUCGAGUCCUCAACAGGGUCCUAACUAUGGACGGGAUCAUUGACAGGGCCAAGCGCCAACGGUAUUAUGAGAAGCCCUGCCGCAAGAGGCAGCGGGAGGCGUAUGAGACGUGCCGGAGGAUCUAUAACACAGAAAUGGCUCGAAAGAUCAACUUCCUCAUGCGGAAGAACCGCUCGGACCCCUGGCUCGGUUGCUGAGCUUGGAAGGCACAUCCGAGCAUAGUAACUGCUGCAAAACCGACCUUUGCGAGAUGAGCUUUUCAUGACUUUUCUGGGCUAAGCUAACUGAAUAAGUGGAAGAGUAAAACACCCCUCCCAUCCACUUCAGUGGGAUCUUUGAAAGACUGGCUCCCCAUUUUUUUCGGUUUGAAAAUUUGUGUUUUUUAAAUAAAAAAAUCAACAUUCUAUAUUGUUUGUCAGCAACAAACUUCACUAGUGUGUUACCCUUCGAUAUCUUGUGUGUUAAGCAAAGUCGCUGGGCAGUCCAUCCCAAGCAGAAACAGUUUUGCUUGGAGGUGUUGACUUGGGUUGUUGGGAGAACUAAUACAUGAGGCAGGCACUUUGUUGCCUACAGUUCUACAUGCUGGUAUGUAUGCUUUCUUGGGCAAGCUUUUUAAAAAAUAAAAAGAGUGUUCUCCCCCGACUUGGAAGUUGACAGACACUCUCAUUGUAACUUUGCUUAUUGACUUUGCUUAUGUCCAGCUUCCAGCCAUUUUAAUGGAUUCCUCUUUCAGAGGCCAAUAAAACAAUCAGGUUUCUAAAGCAA